AUGGUCGCUCUCGGUCAGACCAUUACCGUCGUCAACAAGUCCGGCAAGGUCGUCAGCACCAGCAAGCACCUCGUCAAUGUCUUCAAGGAGGCCAAGUCCGCAUACAGCCAGCGCAAAGCCGAGAUCCAGGCCGUGCGCGAUCAGGAGCUGGAGCAGCGCCGCGUCCAGCGCGCCCUGGAGAACUACCACAUCGACGACGACACCAAGUCCAAGAGCUCGCGCCGCUCCAAGAAAUCGACCUCGACCCGCCACAAGUCGCACCACGGAGGCAAGCCCCUGCUCGAGCGCGGUUACACAGACAGCUUUUAUGCAAACGACGCCGCCGGCAAACCCGGCUCGUCGCCUCUCAAGAACGAGUACAGCGCGGAGCCCGGCCCUCAGAACCAGCUUACCCGCCGCUACACGGACGGUCCCUUGUCCAUCUUCUCCUCCAAGUCGAGCAAACGCUCCAAGGAUGACGUCGACAUGGAUCUCGCCUACGGAGACAUGCCUCCCCCGCUUCCCGACCACCGAGGCGAGAAUGAAGUGGAGCUCCGCAACCAGAUGAACGGUCUGACCCGCAUGCUGGACGAGGCCAACUGCCUGCAGUACUCCGUCAUGGCCAUGAUCGACAGCCUGCAGAAGAACCCCGACGCCCUGGCUGCCGUUGCCCUGACACUGGCCGAGAUCAGCAACAUUGUUGCCAAACUCGGCCCGGGCGCGGUUACCGCGCUUAAGGGUACCUUCCCGGCUGCCGUUGCCCUCCUGGCCAGCCCGCAGUUCAUGAUUGCCGCUGGCGUUGGCAUCGGUGUCACCAUCGUGGCCCUGGGCGGCUACAAGAUCAUCAAGAAGAUCCAGUCCAACAACGAGGAGAAUGCGAUGCUCCAGGCUGGCGGGCCGGUGCGGGCCAUCGAGGAGCCCGAGGAGCCGCUCGUGCUGGACGAGCUUCAGCCACCCGAGCUCAGCCGGAUUGAGAGGUGGCGCCGCGGAAUUGCGGACGUCGCUGCCGAGAGCUUCGGCACGAGUGUUGAUGGCGAGUUCGUCACCCCCGGCGCUGCCGACCGCUUUAUCAAGGAAGGCGUCCUCAAGGAGGACGACCUGAAGUCCCGCAGGUCUGCCAAGAGCAAGGCGGCUAAGUCGACGUACAGCUCCAAGACGCACAAGACCGACAAGACUCACAAGACCGACAAGACGUACAAGACCGAAAAGACACAGAAGUCGGCCAAGUCGGUCAAGUCUUCGUCGACGUCGAGGACAGAAAAAGAAAAGCCCAAGCGCAAGGAGCCCUCGGGAAUCCGCAUGCUCUUCAAGACGGCAACAGCCUGA